CGUCGCGAAACCUCUGAUUCUCCGACUCUUGGAAGCCAAAAGCCAUCUCCCCGUGUUUCCAUCACCGAACACCCGACGCUCUCGCCUCUCUCGCUCUCUCCUCCCUUUGUCUCCCGACUCGAAACCCUCGCCCUUCUCGCCAUCUCGAGCGGGGCAGAAACCCUAGUCCGGUUCCGCUGCCGUCGCCGCCUCCGCCGCGAUGCUUCCCUUCUCUUCCACCGUCGCUGGAGAGAUCCGGCUUCUGCUGCAGAGCGUGAACGACUCCAACUUCGAUUCGAUCUAUCGCGAGCUCUGCCAGUUUGUCGAUUACGGAAGUGAAGUCAGCACUUUGUUGCUCCGGAGAUGUUUGGAUCAAAUAAUAGUUAAAGACGGGGAGACUUCACAACUGAAAUGGGAUCUUGUAACUGCAGUUGUAAGAUAUUUGCUGGACAGACCAAAUUUUAGCACAAAUCUUUGUGAAGCUUUGGAUGGUAUGCCAAUAAGUGAAGGGUUCUUAGGAGAUAUUUCAAACACAUUAGGUUUUUCAGUAACUGAGAAAAUUGGUAUUGGACUUGCUUUGUCGGAUUGUGAAAAUCCUGAUCUGAGGAUGAGAGGGCAAAAUUUUUGCAUUGCUCAGAUCGAGGAAUUGUGUGCAAAUCCAUCGUCAAUUUUAAAUAGUGAUCAAAUUCAGGAUAUUGUUAUGUUCCUCUAUCGAACUGAAGGCCUUUCAAAGCACAUGGAUUCUUUUACCAAAAUUUUAUCUCUGCUCCAAUUGAAAGGGUGCUCUUUCUUCUUAUCAGCCCCAUUGCUGACAAAUGAUAUCAAUGCAGCUAACAAUUUGAGGCAUUUGGAUCUAUUUUCUGGAUGCUCUGAUAAUGAUUUUGAUGCUGUAUUAGCUGAAAUUGAAAAGGAAAUGAGCAUGGCUGACAUAGUGACAGAAUUGGGGUAUGGAUGCACAGCUGACGCUUCGCAUUGUAAAGAGAUACUAUCUCAAUUUCAACCACUCAAUGAAGUUACAGUUUCUAAGUUAAUAGGCACAAUUGUCCGGACUCAUAGUGGUCUUGAGGAUCCUCUCAACAUUCAUGCAACAUUUUGUUCAGCUCUUGGUAGCAGCUUAACUAGUGAUUCUUCAUCAUUGAACUCAUGGGAUUUUAAUGUCCUUGUUGACACGAUUAAGCAACUUGCUCCAAAGACAAAUUGGGUGCUUGUCAUGGAAAAACUUGACCAUGAGGGUUUUCUACUUCCUGAUGAAACUGCAUUUUCACAUCUAAUGUCCAUUUACAGGAGUGCGUGCCAGGAUCCUUUUCCUCUCCAUGCUAUUUGUGGCUCUGUCUGGAAGAAUGCAGAAGGCCAACUUUCUCUUUUGAGAUAUGCAGUGUCAGCCCCAACUGAUGUGUUCACAUUUGCGCAUUGUUCAAGACAACUGAUGUAUGGUGAUCUAGCACAUUUCAAGCAUGGAAAUCAGGCAUGGUGUUGUUUAGAUCUUUUGGAUGUUUUAUGCCAGCUUGCAGAAAGAGGCCAUGCCAGCUUGGUGCGACUCAUACUAGAUUUCCCUCUUAGUCAAUGUCCAGAGGUUCUACUUAUUGGAGUUGCCCACAUUAAUACUGCGUACAAUCUCAUCCAGUAUGAAGUAUCUUCUUCAGUGUUUCCUGUAAUACUAAAAGAUUCUUCAAGGAACAACAUUUUUCAUCAUCUCUGGUGUAUAAAUCCUAACCUGGUCCUUCGAGGAUUUAUAGAAACCCAGAUUGAUUCCAACAACCUUUUGAGGAUUGUGGAUAUCUGUCAAGAUCUGAAGAUCCUAUCAUCAGUGUUGGCUACAACUCCCUUUGCUUUUAGCAUUAGACUGGCUGCCAUUGCUUCUAGGAAAGAUCAUAUGAAUCUUGAGAAUUGGUUGAAUGAAAAUUUGAGUGUAUAUAAAGAUGUUUUUUUUGAGGAUUGUCUGAAGUUCUUAAAAGAGGUACUUGGCGAUGGAACCAAUGAUGUAUCAGAUGGUUCUCUUCCACAGUCUCGACCAGCUGUUCUGAAUGCCUACCGUGAGACAUGCUCUGUAUUUUUCAAGGUUCUUCAGGCCCAUUCCGGACAGCUUGUUUCUCACCAGCUUUUUGAGGAAAUGAAGAAGCUGCAUAUCUCAUCUCCUCCAAAGACUCAAAAUGCUGGAACAGUGGGUGGAGCAGUUUCAGAGGGCAUCUCUGAUGAUAUAGAGUCUGAAGCAAACGCUUACUUCCAUCAAAUGUUCGCUGGACAAUUGUCCGUUGAGGCAAUGGUUCAGAUGCUUGCACGUUAUAAAGAAUCUUCUGACAAAAGGGAACAGAUGGUUUUUGAAUGUAUCAUUGCAAACCUGUUUGAAGAGUACAAGUUCUUUCCCAAGUAUCCUGACAGGCAAUUAAAAUUAGUUGCAGUGCUAUUUGGUUCUCUAAUAAAGCACCAACUUGUGACUCAUCUUGCGCUUGGUAUUGCUUUGCGUGGGGUUCUUGAUGCAUUGCGGAAAUCGGUGGAUUCAAAAAUGUUUAUGUUUGGUACCAAGGCCUUGGAGCAGUUCAUGGAUCGUCUUGUUGAGUGGCCACAAUAUUGCAAUCAUAUAUUACAGAUAUCUCAUUUGCGUGGAACACAUGCUGAGUUGGUUUCUUUUAUUGAGAGGGAACUAACAAGAAUUUCUUCUAGUCAGUCAGAGUCAAAUAGUGUUAAUGCAAUGCCUGUUGAUCAGCAACAAGGUUCGGGAACUGCUGCUACUGAAAGCGUGGAGGCAUCUGAAGCAUCAUGGCAUUUGAUGAGUUCCACUUCUACGCAGUUGGGACAGCAGUUUUCCUCUUUACAGCUUCAACAGAGGCAUCAGGGUUUCCUCGGUGAAAGGACUAAAGCCUCUACCAUGUCUGUCAGUUAUACGAAACCGCUUCUAUCCCAUACUGGGCAAUCUUCAUUUCUAUCUGGAUCUGUUGAAUCUGUCACAAAUCAGAAGCCUUUGCAAACCACAUCAUCGCACCAUACUGCCACUGUGACAACUACUGUAUCAUCAUCUCCUGGUUUUCUUCGUGCUCGAAGUGCAACACCUGCAGGCAUGCUUCGGCAACCUUCUUACAGCACAGGUUUUGGGGCUGCAUUGAACAUCGAAACACUUGUUGCGGCAGCAGAGAGAAGAGAUACACCGAUAGAAGCUCCCUCAUCAGAAACUCAAGACAAGAUCUUAUUUAUGAUUAACAACAUUUCAACUUCAAACAUGGAUGCAAAAGCAAAAGAGUUUGGUGAGAUUCUCAAGGAGCAAUACUAUCCUUGGUUUGCGCAGUAUAUGGUGAUGAAAAGAGCGAGCAUCGAACCAAACUUUCAUGACUUGUAUCUGAAGUUCUUGGAUAAAGUUAACUCAAAAUCACUAAAUAAGGAGAUUGUUAAAGCUACUUACGAGAACUGCAAGGUCUUGCUAAGAUCUGAUCUUAUAAAAUCAAGUUCUGAAGAACGUUCUUUGCUUAAAAAUCUUGGUAGCUGGCUUGGGAAGUUCACAAUCGGUAGGAAUCAAGCAUUGCGUGCCAGAGAAAUUGAUCCAAAAGCUUUGAUAAUAGAGGCAUACGAGAAGGGGCUGAUGAUUGCUGUGAUCCCAUUUACUUCAAAGAUUCUGGAACCAUGCCAAUCGAGUGUAGCUUAUCUACCUCCCAAUCCUUGGACUAUGGGCAUCCUCAGUUUGCUUGCUGAGAUCUAUAAUCUACCAAACCUCAAAAUGAACCUGAAAUUUGACAUAGAGGUUUUAUUUAAGAACCUUGGCGUAGAUAUGAAAGAAGUUAAACCAACUGCACUUCUAAAAGAUAAGAUUCGUGAAGUAGAGGGGAAUCCAGAUUUUUCAAACAAGGACAUCACUGCAGCACAACCACCAUUUGUUGAAGUUAAUUCAGGAUUAUUGCCUGCAUUGAAUCAUGUAGAGUUGCAAGCUGAGGUCAAUAAUUCACCUCAUCCAACAAGCCAUCCAAAUGCAUUGACUCAGUAUGCUGCUGCUCCACAUCUGGCUUCAAAUUCCGUUUUGGAGGAUGACAAAAUGGGGGUUAUAAACAUGCCUGAACGUGUUCCAUCUGCUCAGGGUUUGACUCAAGUUACACCAUCUCCAUCACCAUCUCCUUCGCCAUCACCAUCUCCUUCACCAUCACCUUUUUCUUUGAGCCAGCUUCUGACAAUAAUUCCAAACUCUGACUCUUACAUCAAUAUUAAUCCGAAGCUUAGUUCCAUGGGCUCACAUUUGCAAUUUCAUAGAAUUAUUCAAGUGGCAAUGGAUAGGGCCAUUAGAGAAAUUGUGUCUCCUGUUAUUCAGCGAAGUGUGACAAUAGCUAGCAGGACGACCAAGGAACUCGUGCUGAAGGAUUAUGCUAUGGAGACGGAUGACGGUGUCAUAUCACGAUCUGCCCAUCUAAUGGUCGGCACUUUAGCUGGAAGUUUGGCUCAUGUAACUUGCAAGGAACCUCUUCGGGUGGCCCUUUCAACUCAUCUUAGAAGUCUUCUUCAAACUUUGAGUGUUACUACUGAUCGUAUUGACCAAAUAGUUCAGAUUCUUACAACCGAUCAUCUAGAUCUUGGUUGUGCAGUAAUUGAAAAUGUGGCAUCAGAGAAGGCUGUGGAGCUGAUUGAUGGAGAGAUAGGUCCUGCAUUUGCUGCUAUAAGAAAACAAAGAGAAGCAGCUGGAUCUGCAUAUUUUGAUGCUGUUACCUAUGCACAAGGUUCAUUUUCACGUAUGCCAGAGGCACUUCGUCCAAAACCUGGCCGUCUCUCCCUUUCACAACAGCGAGUCUAUGAUGAUUUUAUCAAGAAUAUUUGGCAAAACCAAUCUGGUCAGAAUUCAACUGCUGUCUCUCUUGGUGUUCCUUGUAUGGGUGGUUCUGUCAAUAAUUCUUCCCUGUCACGUGUGUAUGGUUCAAGUUCUGCUCCCACUAGUUCCAAUGUGUACUCCACUUCCCAAGUGGUUCCCUUCAGCUCAGUAGCUCCACCGUUGGACCUUAUCUCAGAAGAAACGGAACGUGGUUCAGCGCAGCUUUUUAGUGUCUCCCCAACUUAUGGUGGGUCUAAUGAUAGUCUCGUCCAACAUGGUGGUGAAAUGAAUUCAGUUGUAGCUCCUGCUGUUACUUCUCCUGAUCUGCAUAUGGUUGAUCCAGCAGUUGUGUCCAAAGAUUUGACAGCUGUUGUGCCACCAUCUCCAACACCUUCUAUAGAUCGUCUGGGAACUGUUUUACCUGAAUCAUUGCUGAGCACUGGAGAUGCAUUAGAGAAGUACCAGCAAGUUGCUCAGAAGUUGGAGGCCAUGAUUUCUACCGAUGCCAGAGACAUUGAAAUUCAGGGAGUUGUUGCUGAGGUGCCAGAUAUCAUACUAAAAUGUGAAAGCCGAGAUGAAGCUGCGUUGGCUGUAGCUCAAAAGGUUUUCAAGAGCCUCUAUGAAAAUGCAUCAAAUGCUCUUCACAUCGCAUCCCAUCUUGCAAUUCUAGCUGCUAUACGAGAUGUUUGCAAGCUUGUUGUCAAAGAAUUAACGAGCUGGGUAAUUUACUCAGAUGAGGAGCGAAAGUUUAAUAAAGAAAUCACUGUAGGCCUCAUUCGUUCUGAGUUGCUGAACCUGGCAGAGUACAACAUCCAUUUGGCAAAACUUAUAGAUGGGGGAAGGAACAAGGCUGCCACUGAAUUUGCCAUAUCCCUUGUGCAAACUUUAGUUGUUCAAGAACCUGGAGUAAGCAUGUCAGAAUUGUACAAUCUCAUUGAUGCCUUGACAAAGCUGGCAAUGAAGCCUGGGUCGCCUGAGUCAUUGCAACAGUUGGUUGAGAUUGCUAGGAGUAAUGUAAGCUCUCCUAAUGUAGCUGCUAACAAAGAAGAGAAGACCAGACAAUUCAAGGAUAAGAAGGUUCUUUCUGGUCGUUCCUUGACAAACAAAGAAGAGCUUGAUUCAAAUGAGCCAGCACUUGCUGAUCCUGCUGGUUUCCGAGAUCAGGUUGCUGCUUACUUUGCUGAUUGGUGUCGGCUUUGUGAGCUUCCAGCAGCAAAUGAGUCAACGUAUACUCAUUACAUUUCCCAGUUGCAACAAAAUGGUUUGCUAAAGGGCGAUGACAUUACAGAUCGGUUUUUCCGUAUUCUCAUGGAGCUUUCUGUUACAUAUUGUCAAGUUGUCCAUGAACAACCACAGCAGCUAUCAUUUUUUUCAAUUGAUUCAUAUGCGAAACUUGUGGUUCUAAUUUUAAAGUACUCGUCUGUGGAUCAAGGAGCAACUAAAGCUGUUCUCCUUCCCAAGAUUUUGUCAGUGACUAUAAGAGUCAUUCAGAAAGAUGCAGAAGAGAAAAAACUCUCAUUUAACCCAAGGCCUUACUUCAGGUUGUUUAUUAAUUGGCUUUUGGACUUGACUUCCCCUGAUGUAGUCGAUAGUGCCAACUUUCAGGUCUUGACUUCUUUUGCAAAUGCGUUCCACGCGUUGCAGCCUUUAAAAGUUCCUGGUUGGAGUUUUGCAUGGCUUGAGUUGGUGAGUCAUAGAAGCUUCAUGCCAAAAUUGCUUACAUGCAAUUCACCAAAAGGUUGGCCAUUUUUCCAGCGCCUGCUUGUUGAUUUAUUCAAAUUCAUGGAGCCAUACUUGAGAAAUGCAGAGCUGUCUGAGCCGGUGCAAUUUUUAUAUAAAGGAACUCUGAGGGUGCUCCUUGUUCUGCUGCAUGACUUUCCUGAGUUCCUCUGUGACUAUCACUUUAGUUUCUGUGAUGUGAUUCCUCCCAGUUGCAUCCAGAUGCGUAAUGUUAUUCUGAGUGCGUUUCCCCGUAAUAUGAGGCUUCCUGAUCCAUCCACUCCCAACUUAAAGAUCGAUCUGCUUGCUGAAAUCAGCCAACCACCUCGCAUUCUAUCUGACGUUGAUGGUGCUCUAAAAGCCAAGCAAAUAAAGGCUGAGAUUGAUGACUACCUUAAGACAGCUGAAGGAUCUUCUUUUUUAAGUGAACUAAAGCAGAGAUUGCUGCUUCCUCAGAGUGAAGCAAACCUGGCCGGGACUCGUUACAAUGUACCUUUGAUCAAUUCGCUUGUGCUUUACAUAGGAAUGCAGGCUAUACAACUGUUGCAGAGCAAGUCUACUGCUCAGCAUCCAUCUACCCAACAAGUGAACCACAGCCCUCCAAUGGAUCUUUUCUUAGUUAGCACACCUAUGGAUAUCUUCCAGAGUUUGAUUAAUAAUCUAGAUUCAGAAGGCCGCUACCUCUUUCUAAAUGCAGUUGCUAAUCAGCUGCGGUACCCUAACAACCACACUCAUUACUUCUCCUUUGUCCUGCUAUACUUAUUUGCUGAGGCGAAACAGGACAUCAUCCAGGAGCAGAUAACUCGUGUACUGUUAGAGCGCCUGAUAGUUAACCGACCUCAUCCUUGGGGUUUGCUCAUCACUUUUAUUGAACUGAUCAAGAACCCACGGUAUGACUUCUGGAAUCGUUCAUUUACACGAUCGGCACCUGAGAUUGAGAAGUUGUUUGAAUCAGUAUCGAGGUCCUGUGGUGGUCCUAAAACUGUGAAUGAUGGGAUGGUCUCUGCUGGUAUCCGAGAUGGUGGCCAUUGACCCACAUCACAUAUAAUGGUGACUCAUGUAUUUGAUUUCUAGUUGCGAUUUUUGCAGCCAUCUCAGAUUUGUAUAUUUAGUGAUGUAUUUGUGCAUGCAGUGAUGUCUCAGAUGUAUCACAAUAUAAUACUAAUGCAUAGUUACAAACAGUAAAAUAGACAAUUUAGACACUCAAUUGUUGAUAGCUUUACUAGAUGUAUUUCAGAUGUCCAAAUGAUGAAUUGUAGAUUGUUUUCUCCAAAAGGUUCCAUGAUGUGCCAAGUAACAUUAUUGCUUAA